GCGCGCGCAGUCGCUCACUUACGCACGCACGCGCGCGCCUCAUAACAAGACCGGUGUGGGCGCGAGAGAGAGCGCGUGCGCGUGAGCCGGUGCGAGGGGAGCUGGGUGUUCGCUUGACAGGUUCUUUUCGCGGCUGAGGGGAGCCAGCCGCUUGGUGUUCUUUUCGGUGGAAGGCGACGGGAAGGAGGAGGAGGAGGAGGGCCAGGGGCCCUUCAGGGCGAGUGGCGGCGGCGGAGGGGGCUCUGCAGCAUGAGCAGCGGCGGCAAGGCCGGCCGGAGAACUGCAGCGGCGAGGCUUCUACUGGCGGCGGCGGCGACUAUCGGCUGCCUCUGUGGCUUGGCGGAGGCCCAGCUUACAGGAGUACUUGAUGACUGCUUAUGUGACAUAGAGAGCAUUGAUGAGUUCAACAACUUUAAGAUCUUCCCCAAAAUACAGAAACUUCAAGAACGGGAUUAUUUCAGAUAUUACAAGGUUAAUCUGAAGAGACCGUGUCCCUUUUGGGCAGAUGAUGGCCAUUGUUCUAUCAGAGAUUGCCAUGUAGAGCCUUGUCCUGAGAGUAAAGUACCAGUUGGAAUUAAAGCUGGAAAUGCUAACAAAUAUUCAAAGAUAGCAAACCAUACCAAAGAACUUGAAGAUUGUGAACAAGCAAAUAAACUGGGAGCAAUUAAUAGUACGUUGAGCAACCAAACUAAAGAGGCUUUCAUUGACUGGGCCAGAUAUGAUGAUUCACAGGAUCAUUUUUGUGAACUUGAUGAUGAGAGAUCUCCUGAUGCUCAGUAUGUGGAUUUGCUGCUGAAUCCAGAGCGAUAUACUGGAUAUAAGGGGCCCUCUGCAUGGAGAGUGUGGAACAGUAUCUAUGAAGAAAAUUGCUUCAAACCACGCUCUGUGUAUCGUCCACUGAAUCCUCUGGCCCCAAGCAAGGGUGAGGAUGACGGAGAAUCAUUCUAUACAUGGCUAGAAGGCCUUUGUCUUGAGAAACGUGUAUUUUACAAGCUCAUUUCAGGACUUCAUGCUAGCAUCAACUUGCAUCUUUGUGCAAAAUACCUACUUGAAGAAACCUGGGGGAGACCUCGUUGGGGCCACAAUGUUAAGGAAUUUACCCUUCGGUUUGACCCUAGUGAAACAAAAAGUGAAGGUCCAAGGCGGCUAAAAAAUCUGUAUUUUUUGUAUUUGGUGGAGCUGCGUGCAUUGUCAAAGGUUGCAUCAUAUUUUGAGCGUUCAAUCGUAGACCUUUACACUGGAAAUACUCAAGAAGAUACGGAGACGAAGUCUCUUCUGUUAGAAAUUUUCAGAGACACAAAGUCCUUUCCUAUGCACUUUAACGAAAAGUCUAUGUUUUCUGGAAACAAAAAGGAAGCCAAAUCUUUAAAGGAAGAAUUGAGGCUACAUUUCAAGAACAUAUCCCGUAUCAUGGAUUGUGUUGGCUGUGAUAAGUGCAGGUUAUGGGGUAAAUUGCAGACUCAAGGAUUAGGAACUGCCUUGAAGAUCUUAUUUUCUGAAAGAGAAAUAAGAAACCUUCCUGAAAAUAGCCCAUCAAAAGGUUUUCAACUCACACGGCAAGAGAUAGUUGCUCUUCUAAAUGCAUUUGGAAGGCUUUCUACAAGUAUACGAGAACUGCAGAAUUUCAAAAUUUUAUUACAACAGACAAGUUAACGAAGGUUUUGUACCUACUGCUAGAAGUGGUUGAUGAUUUGAUACCAAGCAAAACAAAACAAUAUUUAUAGCAACUAUUCUACAAGAGAAAAAAAGUGUAACACCCACUUGAAUAUUUAAAGUAGAAACGGUUAGCCAUUGGACAAAGAUAUUUAUGAGUGAAAUGCCUAAUUUUAAACAUGUAAAUUAUGCUUAUCUUCCACUGUUUCUUUUUCUUAAUUUUUGUACACUUCUUGUACUGUCACUUGCAACAAACUUUUUAUUGGGUUUUUUUUUACUGAGAUUCAAGUAGUUUCAUCUAGAUACAUAUUAUUUCCAUUGUCUUAAUGGGAAAAGAUUGCAAUGUUGCCUAAAAACGGUGAUAUUUUAAACUGUUGUAUUUAUUUGAAGGACCAGAUGCUGUUAAACAAAAUUUAGUUGAUGUGUUACUACAUAUUUGACUUGUUUAUAACAGUAGCAGAAAUGGCCAGUAAGAAUUUUACUAAAUUGAGCCCCUUUGUAUCCAGGGGUGAUGUUUUUUUCUUUUUCCACUUUGCCCCUUUUUUGCUACCUUGUUCCUUAAAUUUUGUUUCUGUCACAGUUGCCUGUCUUAUGAGGAGAGACUGUCUUAAGCUUAUCCCAGCAUCUAUCAGUUCUUGUACUUGUGUGCUGAAGGGGACAUUGGGAGGUCACUGCUGUGAACAUGACUGUUUUGCUGAAGCCAGCUCUUGGCUCCUCUCUGUACAGCUAGUUUUUCUGUCUACUGACAUUUAAAAUAACCCCACUUCCAGAAAUAAUACCUAUUUGUCUUAUUGUGGUGGUUCUAUAAUUCAAAUAAUAAGUGGAGAGUAAAAGCAAAAUAUACAUUUUCAAAAUAAAACUUAUUUUAAAAGGGACCCUUCAAAUUCAAUGCUUCAUAUCCUGCCUAUGCAAUUUCCAAUCAUACCUUUUUUUAAAAAAGGAGAAAGGUAACAGCUGUAAUAAAACGGGUAUUCUCUGCAUAAAUUUGAUCCUACUUAUAAAGGUAAAUCUAAUUUGUUCAUAGAACAAUAGCAAGCAAAUGAUUUUUUUAAUUUUGCAGUAGGAAGACUUCUAUAAAAAUUGUAAUGGAGCAGCUUACUUAAAAGUUCUCUGUGAUGUAAUAUUUGUAUUUAGUGAGGGAUAUUUGAAUACAGCAUGAAUGUCAAUGUUGGUACAACAUACAGACUUUGUAUAUAUGUUUUGCUUUGAAAAGUAAAACAGUCUUUGCAGAAUUAAUUAAAAGUGCUCUUAAACCCUUUUAAGAAA